AUGCGAACAAGUAAAAAUAUUAAUUUAAAUGUAAAAUCACAAAAUUUCCUAUUUCAUCUAUUGAUUGAAUUAUUCUUAUUUACUGAAUCAAUGAUUAGUCCAAUAACACAAAAGUUACAAAAUGCUGUCAUGGAUAUAACAUUUCUUCUUUUACAAAGACAACAUUCUCAUGAGAGCGUCACAAUACAACAACGACUAUAUCACAAAUUUCAAUUGCCUGAACUUCCAGAAAAGUUUCAUGAUCUAUUGACAGCUAUCGAUAUUAUCAAUACUUUGAUUGAUAAAAAUAAACAACAGCAACAAUAUCUUAAACGAUUUUUAGAACAAUCAUAUAAUAUUUUAGAUCGAAAUUUCCGAAUCACUGACGAUGACAUUCAAACUUCAAAUAAAUUUUUCGAUACAUUUGCUGAUCUACAACUAAUCAGUUUAAUGAAUGAACAUUCAUUAAUGAAUGAAUCAUUAUAUGAAUUUCUUUCUGCCUUACCAAAUGAAUCAAAGUCCUAUCCAGCAUUCUAUAAAAAUUAUCCAUUACUAUUGAAUGUACCACGCAAAUAUAUACAGAUUCGUGCUACAUUUUUCAGUCUAUUCAAUAUAUUUAUCAAAAAAACUAUAUCAACACUUGAUUUUAGUUUAUUACCAGGUCAAAGUAUUUUAGUAGAUUAUAUCAGAAUAGCCAAAAAUUAUUUAUUACAAACAUUAAAAUUUGAAUUACUCGAAGAAUCAUUAUCAAAAACCAAUUAUGGAACUAUUUCGAAACUAUCUGAAGUGAAAUUUGAUACAAUUAAAGCUAAUAAUCAUGAUAACGAAGGAAAUAAUACUAUGUUUAACCAAGCAUUUGAACAGCUACAUGAAGAUGCUCAUAUAAUAUUUCGAGCAAGCAAUGAACGUUUAUGGCAAGCAACAUAUCUUGAAAUGCAUAGUAUUGAUCAAGGUGGACCUUAUCGUGAUUCAAUAACAGCUAUUUGUUCUGAUAUAUGUAGCUCACGUUUACCAUUAUUUGUAUUAUGUCCAAAUGGACGAAUGAAUAAUGGACUAAAUCGUGAUUGUUGGAUUCCAAAUGUUUUUCCACCGAAUAAACCAAUUUCAAAUAAGUUUAAAAAACAAUAUCAAUUCAUUGGACAUUUGAUGGGUAUGGCUAUUCGUAAGAAACAUUAUUUGAAUGUAAAAUUCCCAAUUUUAUUAUGGAAACAAUUAGUAGGCGAAGAAAUAACUAUGAAAGAUAUUGAAGGAAUUGAUAUACAAAGUUUUGUAAUUGUUAAAGAAAUGGAAAUUGAUCUUGAACAAAAUCAAUCAAUUGAUAAUGAUAGUGAAAUUAAUUAUUUAUGUACUAGUAUUAUGAGUGAACUUCGAUUUGAUGUUAUCAGUUCAUCUGGACAAACUUAUGAACUAAUUCCUGGUGGUCAAGAUAUUUCUGUUACUCCAAGAAAUUUUCCAGAAUAUUGUGAACGUUAUCGUGAAUAUCGAUUGAAUGAAUUUCAUCGACCUAUUGAAUAUAUUCGACAAGGUUUAUGUAGUAUUAUUCCAUACAACUUUUUAACAUUGUUUACGGCGAAUGAACUUGAAGAAGCUAUAUGUGGAAAAGGUGAAAUUGAUGUGUUACUAUUGAAACGAAAUACUAUUUAUCGUGGUGAUUAUAACGAAAAUUCACCGCAUAUUCAACAAUUUUGGAUCGUUCUCAAUGAAAUGUUCAGUGAAUUACAAAAGAAAUUAUUUCUAAUAUUCGUUUGGGGACGAAGCACUUUGCCCAAGCUCGAUAAAGAUUUUACAUCAAAAUUUAUAAUUCAAACAAUUUCUUAUGAUAAUAAUCAUGAAAUAGAUCAAAUGCUUCCAAAUACUACAUAG